AGCACAUCUUAGUACAUAUUAAUAGAUAAUUUAAUAACCGCAACAUGUCGAUCAGGGAGAAACUGCUGAUGAAGAAGAUAGUGAAGCGUGAGAAAAUGAAGAAGGAGCUCUCCCAGAAAAAGGGCAAGAACAAGCAGCCAGUGGCAGUGUCAGAGCCGCCUCAACAGAACGGGAAAAAAGUGAAUAAAAAGCAAAAGAAGACUGUAAAAAGACCUGCGGCGGUAGAAGAAGAUGAUGAUCUGGAUGAGGAUUUCCAGAGCGCACCGCUUCUCCCCAAGAAGAAACAACAGAAAAAGAAGCCUCAAAUACAAGUGGCCAACUCUGACUCGGAUUCUGAUGAAGACGAUGAGGAUGAGGAGGAUGUUGUGAUGAGCGAAAGCGAUGAAGAAGAUGAUGAUGAUGAGGAAGAGGUCGCCCCGCCAUCUAAAAAGAAAAAGCAAAAAAAACUACAAAUCCAAGUCGCAAACUCAGAUUCCGACGAUGAUUCUGAUGAGAAAGAUGAUUUGAAUGAAAAUAGCGAUGAAGAUGAAGACAUAGAGGACGACGAAGGGUCCGAUAAUGAAGCUGCUGCACCAGUGCCUGCCAAGAAAGUCAAGCUGCUGCCCAGCAAGACAAAGGAUCAAAAUGGAAAGUCCAGCAACGACGACGAGCCUUUUACCGUCGAAUCUUCGCUGGCGUCGUUAGACCAACGUGAUUCGGAUGAUCGGUCGUUCAGUUCGCUUAAAGGCGCCGUCUCUGAGGCCACAUUGCGUGCCAUCAAGGAGAUGGGUUUCUCUGAGAUGACCGAAAUCCAGGCGAAAUCGCUGACACCGCUGCUGAAGGGACGCGAUCUUGUGGGUGCGGCCCAAACAGGCUCCGGUAAGACACUGGCCUUUUUAAUACCCGCCGUGGAGCUGAUCAACAAGCUGCGCUUUAUGCCCCGCAAUGGCACGGGCGUCAUUAUCAUCUCCCCCACCCGUGAGCUGUCGAUGCAGACAUUCGGUGUGCUCAAGGAGCUAAUGGCACAUCAUCAUCACACCUAUGGCUUGGUCAUGGGCGGCUCCAAUCGACAGGUGGAGAGCGAGAAGCUGGGCAAGGGCAUCAAUAUACUUGUGGCCACUCCUGGACGCCUCUUGGAUCACUUGCAGAAUUCCCCAGAUUUCCUGUACAAGAAUCUUCAAUGUCUGAUCAUUGAUGAAGUGGAUCGGAUAUUGGAGAUUGGUUUCGAGGAGGAGCUGAAGCAAAUUAUCAAUCUGCUGCCAAAACGACGUCAGACAAUGCUCUUCUCGGCCACACAAACGGCUCGGAUUGAGGCCCUCUCGAAGCUGGCCCUUAAGUCGGAACCCAUCUAUGUGGGCGUCCAUGAUGACGAGGUGACGGCCACGGUUGAUGGUCUCGAGCAGGGCUACAUUGUGUGCCCCUCGGAGAAGCGUCUGCUCGUGCUGUUCACCUUCCUCAAGAAGAAUCGCAAGAAGAAGGUGAUGGUCUUCUUCUCGUCCUGCAUGUCUGUAAAGUACCAUCACGAGCUCUUCAACUACAUUGAUCUGCCGGUGACCUCCAUACACGGCAAGCAAAAGCAGACGAAGCGCACGACGACCUUCUUCCAGUUCUGCAAUGCAGAAACUGGUAUCCUACUGUGCACAGAUGUGGCGGCACGUGGCUUGGACAUACCACAGGUCGAUUGGAUUGUCCAGUACGAUCCCCCAGAUGAUCCCAAGGAGUACAUUCAUCGUGUGGGUCGUACGGCACGAGGAUCGGGCACCUCGGGGCAUGCUUUGCUACUGAUGCGGCCGGAGGAGCUGGGUUUCUUGCGUUACCUCAAGGCAGCCAAGGUGCCACUGAAUGAGUUUGAGUUCUCCUGGCAAAAGAUUGCCGACAUUCAGCUGCAGCUGGAAAAACUGAUAGCCAAGAACUACUUCCUCAAUCAAUCGGCCAAGGAGGCCUUUAAGUCGUAUGUGCGGGCCUAUGACUCGCAUCAGCUGAAGCAGAUAUUCAAUGUGAAUACGCUCGACCUGCAGGCGGUAUCCAAGAGCUUCGGAUUCCUGGUGCCGCCCGUGGUUGACCUUAAGGUGGGCGCCGCCAAGCGACAGCGGCCCGAGAAGCGUGUGGGUGGCGGCGGUUUUGGUUACUACAGACAAAUGAAUGACACAUCCGCCUCUAAGCAGCGUCACUUCAAGCAGGUCAAUCGUGACCAGGCCAAGAAAUUUAUGCGUUAGUGAAAUGUACGAAAUAGUUUUUAAACACCCGUUAAGAUACCAUUGUAUAUUGUACAAUCUUUCUUUUAUUUGUAUAUUGUAUAUGCUGUGAAUAUAUACGAGCAUAUGUAUA